AUGCCCACUAUGAGGCUUAGGGUGAAAAAUUUGUAAUCGAAAAAUAGCAACAAAUAAAUGAAUGAAACUUUUGGAAACAUUAAAAUGAGAUACUAAAUUAUACUGACCGUCACAUAGCCAUCACAAGUGAAAAUUAUCAAGUGUGAAGUGUUAAGAGUUGCUGCCAGCAGCUGAGCUGCAGUGUAGCAACUUUAGUGUUACUGGAUACGUUAGAUGGAAAGGGGCAAGGGCUGAGAUAGCUUCGAUUUGUAAUUCAAUUACGGGCACACACACAAAAAAAAUAAAAAGCCGAUAUUGGACAUGGUUUUCAUUCGCGAUCCCUGUGGCAUUGUCUGCCUGAUUUUCACCUAUGGCGCUGUUAUCUAUGCGGAUUAUGUGGUCAUGCGCUGGAUUAUACUGACAACCAUGCCGCUGAGCAUCUGGGCGCCCUUUCACGUUGUGCUCUUUAACACGAUCGUCUUCCUGCUUGGCAUGUCGCAUUUGAAGGCUGUUUUCUCAGACCCGGGUAUUGUGCCGCUGCCCGCCAAUCGCUUGGACUUCUCCGAUCUACAUACCACAAACAACGGUACAAAACAGAUAUCCGGCAAUGGCCAUGGCAGCGAAUGGACUGUGUGCACCCGUUGCGAGACCUACAGGCCACCACGUGCCCAUCAUUGUCGCAUAUGCAAGCGCUGCAUACGCCGCAUGGACCAUCAUUGUCCGUGGAUAAACAAUUGUGUGGGCGAACGCAAUCAAAAGUAUUUUCUGCAAUUUCUCGUCUAUGUGGGCAUUCUUUCCCUUUAUUCGAUCGCGCUGAUACUCGGCUCUUGGGUAUCGCCCUGCACGGAAUGCAGUCAAAAUGUAAUUGAUUCGCAGCUACGCAUGAUUCACUCCGUCAUCCUGCUGCUGGAAUCGGCGCUGUUUGGACUGUUUGUGACGGCAAUUAUGGUAGAUCAGCUGCAUGCCAUUUUGUACGAUGAGACGGCCGUUGAGGCGAUACAGCAGAAGGGUGCCUAUCGGCCGAACCGACGUAAAUAUCAACUGUUGGCAGAUGUCUUUGGCCGCGGCCAUCCGGCGCUUUGGCUGCUGCCCUGCGCUAGUCUAAAUCACGCCGCACGCUAUCACGACACCCCGCUGCUCAGCCACGAUGUUUAGAAGGCGUGUGAUAAAUUCUAUUAUUUUGUAUGUAUUAUAAAUGUAUUUUAUGUACGCGAGCGCGUGUUCGUAUUUGUGACGGUC